GUGAUGCUUUUCCUGGCCAGCUGACCUAUCACAGUGUUUAGUUUCUUUUUUGGAAGCCUGUAAGGUGAUGCACAUGCACAGGGAGGAGAGGAGUUCUGUUCAACCACUUGCCUUGUGACAUUUGGCACCACUAAUUGCCUCUCUGAUUAAUUAGACUACCUGCGACGGUGCAAAUUGUAGCAGAGAGAUUUCCCACUGUGCUGUGAACUCCUGCUGCCACAAUUUUCUCUUCGUCUCAAACCAUGACACCAGAUAGAGACGCCUGUGGGACACAAUGACAGCCGACAAGGAGAAGAGAAGGGCGAUCAGCCGCGAGGCAGCCAGAAGGAGACGACGGGUUGAGUCUGACGUUUUUGGAGAUUUGGCUCGUCUCCUGCCGCUCCAACCGUCCGUCCGAGCUCACCUGGACAAGCCUUCGGUCAUUCGCCUCACCCUCAGCUACAUACGCACACAAACACUGCUCAGAGGGAAGACUGGAACAAAAACUCCAGUCCAGUCCAGCCAUACAGUAAAAAAUGGACAAGUGACAGAAGGUGGAGAGGAACAGCGAGAGCGUGACGGAGAACGUGAUGUGGAGGAGAAAAAAAACAAGGAUGUGGCGACUUUGGAGGAGACAAACAUGUACUUGAGGGUCCUAGAGGGAUUCCUGGUGGUUCUGUCCACUGUGGGAGACAUAAUCUUCCUGUCUGACAAUGUCAGCAAAUACAUGGGCCUGACACAGACCGAGCUGAUGGGACACAGUAUUUUUGAGUUCACUCACCCUUGUGACCAUGAAGAAAUCAGAAAUAAUCUACGUCUAACAGCAGAGGAAGUUUGGUGCGGCGCAAAGAGGGACUUUGUCAUGAGGAUAAAAAGCGCUCUGACACACAGAGGAAGAAGUGCUAACCUCAAGUCAGCAACAUGGAAGGUUCUCCACUGUCAGGGCAGAGCAAAAGUGUGUCUCACCCCGUCUUCGGUUUCCUGCUUGGUGCUUACCUGCCAGCCUCUGCCACUCUCACACACACUCCUCAGCACACACACCUUCACCAGCCAGCACAGCAUGGACAUGAGGUUCACAUACUGCGACCAGAGAGUGGCGCUGCUGUUAGGUUACAGUCCUGAGGAGCUUCUGGGUCGUUCUAUCUAUGAUCUCUGUCACACGUUGGACACAAACUGUUUGACAAAAAAUCAUCUGAACUUGUGUUUUAAGAGCCAGUCAGUCAGUGGUCAGUACAGGAUGCUUGUGAAAGGUGGAGGUUACGUCUGGGUGGAGAGUCACAGUGCCGUCAUACCCAGCGUCCGACCAUCCAAAUCCAGGCCCAGUGGCCAUCAGCCACUCUGCAUCCUCUGUGUUACCUAUGUCCUCAGUGGAGUGGAGGAGCCGACCCUGCAGCUCUCUUUGGAACAGACUGGCCACAGAUACAUGAGGUGAAACUGGAGUCAACAAAACCCUCAACAAUCGUCUCUACCUCCAGCUGUGAAUUCUUAUCAAUUAUCGCUUUUAUUAAAUAUAAA